AUGAAGGCUUUCAUUUUUCUUCCCUUCAUGUUCUUGGUCAUGUUCUCAGUGCCUUCAACCCAGACUUUGAAAACAAAUGUUCUUAAACUACAAGAGAGUCCAGAACCUACACUUAUUCUAGAGAGAAAAAAUGAAGCUAACCAUCAAGGAGGACAAAAGGAAUCUAAUAAACAAGAAGGUAGCAACACACAAGGAAAACCAGGGACAUUUAGUCUGUAAGGACAACCAGGGUAUUCUAACCAGCCAGGGAAACCAGGGAAUUUUAAUCAGCAAAAGAGACCAGGAGUUUUCAAUCAGCCUGGGAGUCUUCAAGGGAAUUGAGGAGAAUCUAACCAAAAAGGGAAUCCAGAAACUUCUAAUGAGCAAGGAAAACCAGGAUCUUCUGGUCAGCACGGGCAUCCAGGGUCAGCUAGCCAGCAAGGAAAACCAGGAUCUUCUGGCCAAUGAGGGAAAUCAGGGUCUUUUUACAAUCCAGAAGAAAGGAAAAAAGUAGGCAACCCUUUGAAUGGCAAUGUAAAGGACACUCAGAAACUUCUUUUGCUCCUGCACCAGAAUUCAGAUUUCCGUUCUUUCAGGAAGGACUCAGUUGCAGCUGUCCUCACAGCAAUGCUCUUCACCAGGGCUCCUUCCAUAGGGUCCCCUCGGGACCUACCUGAAACAGAGAAGGCCGUGGGGAGCAAGGCCGACACCUCCACAGACCGUGCCGAGCUUGUUCACCUCUUCUUCCCAACCAUGGCCACCCAGCUGACGCGUUUCCUUUAUUGA